CACACAGUCCUCGUACCUCACCGUUUUCUCUCACACCACAACCACUUGCGAUGAGUGAAUACCAUAGGCCCGAUCCUCCUCCAGAAGCCCACCUCACUGCCGUGAAUAAUUUUGAGACGACAUAUCUUCAACCCUUGCAGAUUAUCGACGCUCAGGCUGUCCUUGAGAAGAUUACGGAUGUAUGGGUCAUUCUCGUUCAUGGGAAGUGAACCAAUCAAUUUGUACAGGUACAGCCAUACACAAAAAUGGCGCUGGAUGUCCUGUCUACUGCAUCCAAAACUAUCAUCGCUAAAGCAGAACGGCGCGACCGAUCAGUCCAUCGUCUUCUCGAGAAAUUGGUUGAAGUUUACCGCUUCAUGACCCAAGAUGAUACUCUUCGCAAAAUUGAAUCAAUGCGCGAUGUCGUCGGAAAGAUCGUCCGGGAGACUCUCGAGUGUGCCUGUUUCAUCAGGGACUACUCUCACAUGAAGAUUUUUUGGAAGAGAUGUGGAAAAACUGUACUCUCAGAAAGCGAUAUCAUCAUUAAGAAGUACAACGACACGUUGGAUGGACUCAUGCAACAAUUCCAGGACCAAGUUGACCGAGAUGUCGCCGUCUGCGUCCAACGUACGGGUGAUACCCUGGAUCUCGGGGAUAUAGCUUAUGCAAAGGGCGUAGGACCAAAUAUCAUGAAACAGUGCCUACCAGGGACGCGCACAGAAAUUCUCUCCCAGAUUACGGAUUGGAAUCAACGGCAGUGGAGAUGCUGCUCAGCAUGUGCUGUG